AUGGGCACUCUUAACACUCUGAACAGGAGCAGCGUCCCGCCCGCCAAGGGGCCAAUUUUCAGCCUCGCAGACGAGCUGGAUCCCGAAAGUAAUCUGCGACAGGGGCUGCGAGAGUUCAAAUACCGUCUCGCUCCCCCGAUCGACCUGACCUGGGCCUCGACCUGA